CUCAACAAAAGUCAUAUCCACCAAGACCAUGGUCAGCUCCUACUGCUGUACUCCUGCCUGCUGCCAGCCAAUAUGCUGCAGGACAGUCUGCUGGAGAACAACUUGUUGUAAGCCAACCUGCUGUGAGCCCAGCUGCUGCCAACCUUGCUGUCAGCCAUCCUGCUGUGAGUCCAGCUGCUGCCAGCCUACGUGCUGUAGGACAGUUUGCUGCAGAACAACAUGUUGCAAGCCAACUUGUUGUGUGCCCAGCUGCUGCCGACCCACUACCUGUGGCUCUAGCUGCGGCACACCUUGCUGCCAGCCAACCUGUUGUAGAACAGUCUGUUGUCAAACAACUUGUUGUAAGCCAACCUGCUGUGAGUCCAGCUGCUGCCAGCCUUCUUGCUGUCAGCCUACUUGCUGUAAAGCAAUCUGCUACCAGUCAUCCUGCUGCAGGCCCACCUGUUGUGGGUGCAACUACUGCUACCCAUCCUGCUGUUGAUCAACUUGCUGGACCAAAUGUGCAGUAAUUCUAUUUAGAGCCAAUAAUCCUUAGACUCCACAUUUUUGUUGUCAAUCGCUCUCCUACUGGACAAAUACAAAAGUAUUCCUCUACAAUCUUACUGCUGGAAGUCUUGUACACCCUUGGAUUUGAUGUCAUCUAUUCCCAGCUAGUGCUAUUCCAUCUCAUUACCUGACAACUACUUUCAGCUGAGUUAUCAGCUCCAUGUCCCCUGCUGGAAUAUGACUGUU